AUGAAGUACGGAAGUAGAAGAUUCGAGCUUUUAUACGGAAAUAAAAACAUGAAGUACAGGAGUAGAAGAUUUAUUUGCCACUUGGAGAUUACAUCAACAAAAUCCGUAAUACCUACACCCUCCGAUGAGACGUGUAACGGAGGGAGGUCUCAUGAUUCGUUUGAACACAUCAAUCGAACAGACUCUCACGUUCGUAUCGUAAGCUCCGUAUGGGGCUGGACUGAUGAGGCACUCAGAAGACUCUUCCAGUCUUUUAGGGCAAUUGAACAAACAUAUGACGUCACGAUUUAUUUUAUAAGUCAAAAUCAGGAUUUUGUAGUGCACGGACAGGAUCUAGAAAAAACAAACGCCGCACGCGAGGAACUGCAAACAUUAGUCAUCGCUAGGGCGCCCAGAGAGGCCACCGUUGUAUAUAUUUCACCAAGAAGACCCAACACGCCAGCCAAUACAACUACAGAACCCAUUGAUGAACAAGUCCCAGUCUUUGUCGGCGCUAGCACUGUCGAAGAAGAUCUAAACCGCGAGGAGGAGACCGAGCAGGAGACUGAGAAGGAAACCGAGAAGGAGGAAACCGAGGAGACUGAGAAGGAAACCGAGAAGGAGGAACCUGUGAAGGAAUCUGAGACGGAAACGGACGAAUUCAUAUUCGUUGAUAAUGCGGACGUUAGAACUGCGCUGGGGAUGCGCAAUAGAGGGUUUACUAUGUCCACCGUCAAUCUUUGGGAUGAACUUUGUAACGAGAUACCGGUGGAGGGAGACGUGAUUUAUGAUGAGCAUAAAAUUCAAAUAACUGGCAGGAAAACUCAUAUCGAAGACGCUAAGAAAAGGCUUCGAGUGCUGGAAACGAUUUCGCUUCGCCGUCAUAGACAUCUUGGGAUGUCGCUCUUACAUUAUCCUGACAAGACGGUCUGGUUUAAGGCUAGUUUCCUUCACCUUAAUAAGCACGACUAUUUCAAACGCGUGGUCAGGAAUGUAGGGAAAAAAGCUUUUGUCUUGGUAGCAGCCGUCCAAAAUCCGGCCAAUGAAAAGCAAUUUUUAACAAACAAGUCGGCAACCUCGUCAACACAGCAGAGAAACUCGUCAGGCUAUCCUUUUCCGUCUCGUCAACAAUCGGCAUCUCGUCAGUCGUCGACAUCUACUCAAUCAUCGGCAUUUCUCAAGUCACCAGCGUCGCCGACAUCUCAAUCGUCUCCUCAGUCGUAUGGAUAUCCUCAGUCAUCGCUAUAUUCUCAGUCGUCAGCAUUCCGCCAACCACCGGCAUAUCAAUCGUCGUCAUCUUCUCAGCCGCAUGUAUAUCCUCAGUCAUCAGUAUAUUCUCAAUCAGCAGCGUCUCGCCAAUCAUCGGCGUUCCUUAAGUCUCCAGCAUCUCCGGCGUCCCAAUCAUCAUCGUCUCCGUCGUAUGUAUAUCCUCAGUCAUCGGUAUAUUCUCAGUCUUCAUCAUCACGUCAAUUAUCGGCGUCUCGGCCAUCUUCAUCAGUAUAUCCUCAGCCAUCUUCAUCAGUAUAUCCUCAGCCAUCUUCAUCAGUAUAUCCUCAGCCAUCUUCAUCAGUAUAUCCUCAGUCAUCUUCAUCUGUAUAUCCUCAGUCAUCUUCAUCUGUAUAUCCUCAGUCAUCUUCAUCACAAUUAUCGGCAUAUUCACCAUCUUUCCAUCCACGUAUUGAAGCCGGGAUUCGUCUAACAGAGGAGGAAAAGUUGGCUCGGAAACAGGCCAAGAAACAACAGCUAGCUGAAAUGAGAAAAAUGAGGGCUCUUGGUAUCACUAAGGAUGAAAAUGGUGCUGUAUCCGGUAGUUCCAGGCUACUGCCUGGCGACAAUCAUUUCGAAGGCUUCAAUACUUACGAGACCAAGACUACAGCUGAUACGCUCGACGAGAGGUCGACUGAUUCUUCCAGCUCAAUAAUCCCAAACAUAACAACCGAGAAUGACGAGAAACCCCUCCCAGGUCAACUACUUCGUGAAUUCAAUUUUGAUCAAAUGAAAAAUAUAUUUAGCGAAGCACUGGACUAUGUCCACCCCUUGAAAGGGGAAAUUAGAUUUUUUGGCAGUUUGGGCAAAUCUGUCUUCCAAGACGUCCCCUCGGACGUUGGAAGACAGUUGUGGGAGUACUUUGAAGUCGACGGCUUGAAGAGUCGAUACAAAAUGAAACAUACGUUCCAUAACGCCGCUGCCUAUGAUGACGAUCAUAAAUUAAUCGACUAUCUUGCCGAAGUGUGCGGCGAGUUUCACAGCCGCAGCGAGCAUUUCGAGAUCAACGCCAAGGCGCGUAAUGCGCAACAUGACGAUUUCGAAGACAUUGUGAUGUCUAUUGACAUCAACAAUGUGCUCCUAAAGUGGGUCGCCUACCCGUGGGCCCGUGUGGCGGACGUGGAUUGGAGCAUUCUGGAGCGGAAAUUCGAUGUUCAGUUUACGAUGGCCAAGCGUCGGUCGAUUCGAAGCGAUAUCAAGCCAUUUAAUAUGUUCAUAAAAAAAGUCUCGAUCACCCCCAGUACAAAUCGCAUCUCCUUUGAAGACAUUCCUGAGCUACUUAAAGUAAAGUCGAUCUAUAGGAAGACGACCCGUAAAUUUAAGCUGCAUAAACCCUUCAUGGCGGAAUUUUCUCGGAUCGAAAAGGUUCCUAUACAGAACCAGCAGUUUCAGAAAAGGUUAGGUAAAACCGGCGAAGGGAAAAUCCACUAUACCAUCGAGAUAAUUAAUCGCGAAAAUAAGAGCAGAUUUAAAGAAAAUAUUCAUUUGGGCGUCGGUGAGCUUCCCACGUGGACUAAAAAAGAUAUAUUAGGAGAAGAACCCGGGCUAGAUAAGCUUGUUGAGUUAAUCAAGACUAUGUUGUUGCUGGUUGAAAAAACCGAUAAAGCAGCUGAGAAAUGGUUUGCAGAGCUAGAUGUUCAGAAUAACAGCAAGUAG